GUUGAAGAAUGAUAUUGUCCUUAAAUUGCUGGUGGCUCAACAGCGGCGAGCCGCUCGGUUUCGGAGGCGAGAAUGCGAGCGAAAAGCACAGGCUAAGGCGUUCGCGAAUGCGAGUGUGUGUGCUACGACAAUAAUGUUGGACCAUUCAACAUUGAUUAUGUGCUUGUUGUGUGUGUGUGUGUGUGUGUGGCACGCCUGACUGCGUUCGACUGUGCAAAUGUGCGCGGUGUGUAAAUUUGUUUAUUUAUACACCUGCUGUUAUGGAACACGGUGUCAGUGUCUUCUUGGCGGCCGUAAACGACGGCCGAUUUGAGUUUCGAGAAUAAUACCUAUAAAUACUAAUAAAUUGUUUGUUUGCUAUUUUACUAAUACGUGAGUUUCGAUUACAUUGUGGUGGCUACGCACGGACGAUAAUUCUUCAAGCACACGACACUCAGCUGAUCGGGUGCACAACGAGCAAAUUGAGCAAAGCAGUGUAUUUUGGCAGUGAUUGUCACAGUCUGACAGUUUACCAAUUUGGCUGAAAUUUUUGACGGUGUUUUGAUUUUGGUUCGCAUAAAAGAACGAGACACAUACAUACAACAACGAAAAUGGCGACCUAUAUGAAAAUUUUCAAUGAACGCAUAUCCGGUCUUUCGAAGGGUGUUGAUGAAACGGUGGACAGUUGGUUUCUUAUGAGCUCACCAGGACCGGUAGUUUCCAUUGUUGGACUCUAUUUGCUCUUCGUUCUUAAAAUUGGACCCGCAUAUAUGCGUGAUCGUAAACCAUAUGAUCUUAAGAAAGUCAUGGUCAUCUACAAUGCAUUUCAAGUUUGCUACUCCAUGUGGAUGUGUCGCACGUCAAUCAGAGAAAGUAACGUCAUCGCCUCGAUUCUUUCGAAGAGAUGCGAAAUCGUACGCAACCGUGAACAGAAUUUGAUGCUUUACUCCGGCGCCUGGUACUAUUUCUUCUCAAAGAUCAUCGAUUUGCUCGACACUACGUUCUUUGUGCUGCGUAAAAAGCAAAAUCAGGUUUCUUUCCUGCACGUUUAUCAUCACACCAUCACUGCGCUCUUCUCUUGGGGUUACCUCAAGUAUGCGCCUGGUGAGCAAGGUGUCAUCAUUGGCAUACUCAACUCUGGCGUACACAUCAUUAUGUACUUCUAUUAUAUGGUUGCUGCCAUGGGUCCGCAAUACCAGAAAUACCUUUGGUGGAAAAAAUACAUGACCACCAUUCAGCUCAUUCAGUUCGUGCUCAUCUCGGGCUACAUGAUCAUAGUUGCUGCCAAGGGUUGCAAUAUGCCACGCGCGCUGUCAUUCUUAUUUCUCGCCAACACCAUAAUCUUCUUGUAUCUGUUCGGAAAAUUCUAUCGGAAUACAUACAACACGCGAAAGGCGGCAGCAGCAGCAGCCGCAGCGAAUGGUCAUGCAAAUGGCUAUGCUAAGGGUCUUACGAAAGGUUCGAUCACUGGGCGCGCACUACUCGCCGCUGCCGGUGGCAUGGGCUGCAAGCCGACAACAAACUCACUGCUGGCACAUGGCGAUCAGAUGAAGCACUUAAUCGAUGUGAAUAAUAAUCACAUAAAAUUGACGAAAACCGAAUAGGUGUGGUGAAAACUACCCACUUUUCACCAUGAUUAUUAAAAGUGAAGUUUAAGGGUGUAGGGGCUACUUGAGCACGGGUUGGGUUAUGCAUACAUAUUUACAUACAUUAUUGAUGAUCACGAUGAAUUUAUCGGAUGUUCAGGUGAAGUUUAGAAAACAAUUUAAACUUUUGGUGAAUUUUUAUAUUGUAAUAUAGGAAGUGAAAUUCGCCCGAAAAGCAAUUUAGUUAAAGCCUGGUAAUUUCAAAAAGAAGGUAAGAAUGAAAUUUUCAAUUAGUUCGUGUUCGGAGUAUAAGCAAUCAUUACCCUAACUGGCGGUGAAAAUAUCUAAUAUUAUAAAUUUUGCUAAAACUUUCGAUUUCUCAAUCAUUUUUUUUUAUAUAAAAGAAAAAAUCAAACUUUCCGUUGUUGCCAAAGCGCAAUAAUCAUUAUAAAAUAUAUUCACCACAUGCUAUAGUAUAAAAAAAACACAUUUCAAUAGCGCUAAGUAGAAAUAUUUUUAAAACAUAUUUUAUUUUUAAAGCAUAUUGUGAGAGCUUUUUUUAUUGGGGGUUUCUUUAGUAUUUCGUAAUUACAAACUAUCUUACGUACUUAACUAGCAUUAUUGAAAAGUUCUGUAUUAGUUAAGAAAAUAUUUGAUAAAAAUGAAAAUAAAGAACAUUGAAGACAGCAGUUGAAAUGGGGUUGCCGCUUCUUCUGUGAUUGUGUGCGUCUGUGCGUGAAUGACCUUUUGUGUAAAUAUAUAAAUUUUAAAAGUAUGUAAAAAUAUGGAGCUAUACAUUAUGUAUGGAGUUUCCCUAACCAAAAAAAAAAAAAUAUAUAUAUAUAUAUAUAUCAAAAUUUUUCUUUGCUAUCUGCAGUUUCAAACAAUUCCAUCAUAUUAUAUAUGCAUGUUUGUGUGUGUGCGGUGUCUAGAAAGCGGUGGACCCAUUUAUUUAUAUACCUUGUAUGUGAAUUACUUAAGGAGUAAUAAAAUAAAUAUAUGUAUGUUUAAUUCUUUUUUUGAAUAAAUAUUAUUUAUAUAUAUGUACAUUUAUAUUAAACAAUGCUGAAUAUUUGUAUGCCUUUUUGUAAAUUUACUAGUUUUGUUUUGAACAGAAAUAAACGAAAAUUUAAUAAUCAAAAA